CGAAUUUCUGGAACAGCAACACAAAAGACCUUCGUGUUACGCCGUGGAGGCGAACAAACACACACAUCCAACGUUAAGAAUAUUUGAUUAAAAAAAAAAAAACAAACAAAAAAAACCUCUCGCUCGGAUAUUACUGCACCAAAUAGCUGUGGAUGACUCGGCCUUGUGUGUAGGCCGGCCUUGGUGUUUUCACCACCAUCACAACCUCUCCGUUGCUUGCCUAAAGCUACCACUGAGCAGAAACCCAAAGGCAGAUCUUUCAUAUUGCUCCCUUCAUCCCUUUAAACGAUUCCCCCCCCCCCACACCCAUCCCAUCUCUACCCGAGCGCUCUUCUUCCAGGGAGUGUGCAAAUGCACAUAGCAAUGUCAGUAUUCCCAAUCCUUGGGAAUUAAACACGUGCCAAUCAAGGGAUUUUUGUGCCAUUUAAUUAUACUGCACAUUUACCUUCCCUCCCCAGUCCUCAAAACAUUUUCUUUUCUUUCAUUGGGACGUUGGGAAGAUGGGUUGUUUGGGCAACAGUAAAACAGAAGACCAGCGUAAUGAGGAGAAGGCCCAGAGAGAAGCAAACAAAAAGAUAGAGAAACAGUUACAGAAAGACAAACAGAUAUACAGAGCGACCCAUCGGCUACUACUGUUAGGAGCUGGAGAAUCGGGCAAAAGUACUAUAGUCAAACAGAUGCGCAUUUUGCACGUCAAUGGCUUCAAUGCUGAAGAGAAAAAACAGAAAAUUCAGGACAUUAAGAACAAUAUAAAAGAAGCUAUAGAGACUAUUGUGACUGCAAUGAACAAUUUGGUACCUCCAGUUCAGUUAGCCUGUCCUGCAAACCAGUUUCGAAUCGAGUACAUCCUCAAUUUAACCAAUCAAAAAGACUUUGAAUUCACUUCGGAAUUUUAUGAACACACGAAGACCCUGUGGCAUGAUGAGGGAGUAAGGGCCUGCUUUGAGAGAUCCAAUGAGUACCAGCUGAUUGACUGUGCUCAGUAUUUCCUGGAUAAGAUUGACACUAUAAAGCAAAGUGACUAUACACCUACUGAUCAGGACUUGUUGAGAUGCAGAGUACUGACCUCAGGGAUCUUUGAGACAAGGUUCCAGGUGGACAAAGUUAAUUUUCACAUGUUUGACGUGGGUGGUCAAAGAGAUGAACGAAGGAAAUGGAUCCAGUGUUUUAAUGAUGUGACUGCCAUUAUAUUUGUGGUGGCCAGCAGCAGCUACAAUAUGGUAAUCAGAGAAGACAAUCAAACCAACCGUCUCCAGGAGGCUUUGAACCUAUUUAAGAAUAUAUGGAACAAUAGAUGGCUUCGAACCAUUUCUGUUAUUCUUUUCCUAAAUAAGCAAGACCUGCUAGCUGAGAAGGUUUUGGCAGGAAAAUCGAAAAUAGAGGAGUAUUUCCCUGAGUUUUCACGCUACACUACACCAGAUGAUGGUGAGUGUAACAUUUGCCAGUCUCUCAUUCCUUCUCUUUUUUUCAUCCCAUCUUCCAGAAUUGAAGAUAUAAAGUACCCAAAUGCAUUUCCUGCUAAUUGUUUUCUAUCUCCAGCUACACCUGAAGUGGGGGAGGAUCCACGAGUUACAAGAGCAAAAUAUUUCAUCCGGGAUGAGUUCCUGAGGAUCAGUACAGCAAGUGGAGAUGGUCGCCACUACUGCUAUCCACACUUCACUUGUGCUGUGGACACCGAAAACAUCCGCAGGGUGUUCAAUGACUGCCGUGACAUCAUCCAGCGCAUGCAUCUCCGGCAAUAUGAGCUCUUGUGAUUACCAAGGCAUCGCUGGAACCCAGUCUAGAACUUUCUACAGGCUUCCUGUCCUAUUCAUGCCCCAAAAUUGCAACCAUGAAACUUAUUAUUUAUGAGUUUCCAGGACACACAGCAACAUAUAAGAGACACACAAACACAGGCUUUCUCCAUCCUGAGAUAGCUGAGGGGCAAGACGUAUACUGUAUCGUUAAUGAACAAGAGUGACUGUGCAAUUCAGUAAAAGGACAAUAUAGCCAAUGACCACCAAUGUUAAAAGAGAAGGAGGAAGAACACACAUAUACAUGCUGAGACAGAAAAAAAUUAAAUAAAAUAUUAGUUUGACCCGGACUGCCAAAUAUCUACACACUUGUUGAGGUUCUGCUCAGGAUGAGGAAGAUAUUUGUAUGGCAUUCACAGACACGUGUACAAUUCUGCUCCACAACCUCUGUCCUAUGUAUGUUAAACAUUAGCCAUGUGUUUCUAAUGAUAUAUUUACCACACGCACACACAUGCACACCACUAUUGUGAAACUACACUCUUUGCCCAAGUGAGCUUCUUGUCUCCCAUCCAGUGGACUAACCCAUGGAGAAGAGAAAACGAUGGAUUGAUGCAAAGACCUGGUAAAAGAAUGUAGACCUUUAUGGUUUGCUUGAAAGAAUAAAAAGGGGGUAGAAUUAUGGAGUAUUUUCAGCCCCGGGUUGCUGUGCUUGCAGAGCGGAGAAUGACUCAAACACAAGACCCAUCACAUGAUUUUUUUUUUUUUUCCUCUCCAAAUGCAACAAGGAGAAGUAGUGAGAACAUACAAUGCAUAGAUUCAUGCAGAACAGCCAAUUACAUUGCAAAAAAAAAAAAUUUGAAAUGUCCAUACACAGAUAUAUAAUCUGUGUUUUUCUGUAACAGCACGUCAGCUCUUCUGUUUCAUAGUUUCAUUCGUUGAGUGUUAUGCACAGUGUGUGCAAAUAAUGCCUUUAUUCACAGUUUUAACCUUUCAUUUUCCAAAAAAAUCCUAACUAUACAUUCUCUCCUACUCUCACUUCAGUCUGUUCUUCUGUAUCUUCUACCCUUUCACUUCUCAUGCUCCCUGCUACAGUCAUCUUGUACUCUAAAAUGUGUGGACUGAGAGUAGAAAAAAAGUCAUUAUGGAAAAGGGGUACAAAUUUCAAGCAACUUUUGGCUCCUAUUUUUACUCUCUCUUUUCCCCUUUAAUCCCUUCGGCUUGGCUUUUUGUCUUUAUCAUUAUUUCUCUGCUGGAACAUUAUUCUUGUACAGACUGUAAAAUGUAAUAUUUUGUACAACUUUAUUGAAGAAAAAAGUAAUUGUAGAAGCUC